AUGGCCACGAAGAAAGUCGUUCUGAUCACCGGCGCAAAUGGUCAUAUCGGCUUCCGGGUCUUGGUGUUCGCACUGCAAGAGGGAUACAAGGUGAGAGCAGCGGUUCGGAACCAAGAAAAAGCCAGCCGCAUCUCGGCUGCACAAUCAAUCCGAGCUCUGGAGCCGGGAGAAGACCUGACCUUCUGCUUUGUGCCGGAUCUUCUCCUGACCGGCGCUUAUGACGAUGCAGUGAAAGACGUCGACUACAUCAUCCACAUCGCCUCGCCAAUCGAAAGCGGAAUUACUCCAGACCAGUAUGAAACACACUUGAUCCAACCUGCCGUCGGAGGGACUUUGGGCAUUCUCACCGCGGCGCAAAAGUCUCCCACCGUCCGGCGCAUCGUGAUCACGUCCUCCAUCGUCGCUUUGAUCCCGUGGUACGACCUGUACGAAGCCGAGACAGGCAAAGUCUUCAACGAGCAAAGCCGCAUUGACGACCUAUCCGGCCCAUACAAGAGCGAAUCCGAGGCGUACGCGGCCAGCAAGGCACGAGCACUCAAUGCUACAACGCGAUUUUUGGAGGAAGAAAAGCCGCACUUCGAUGUUGUCCACGUCUGCCCGAGCUGGGUCCUUGGGAAAGACGAGCUUGUCACGGAGAGCAAGUACAUCACGGUCGGCACGAACGGGUCGGUGUUACGACAGGUCCUCGGCGUGAAGCAGGAGUCAGCGACGCCGUCGACCUCAGUCCACCUCGACGACGUCGCCACAGCCCACGUCAAGGCUCUGGAGCCAAGUGUUCCAUCUAGUUACUGUCUGGUCGCGCAAUCUGGUGGAGUGCAGGGAACGACCUGGAGCGAUGCGAUCGAGAUCGUGCAGCGCCGCUUUCCCCAAGCCGUAGCUGCUGGGGUUUUGCCUAACAACGGCUUUGCAUCGACCAAGCGGACCAAGAUCGAUGCGUCGGAGACUGCAAGGUUGUUGGGAAUCGAUUUCAAGAGCUACGAGGAACAGGUUGUCGGUGUGGUGCGGCAUUACCUCGAGCUCAAGGGCGUCGAGCCGAGAUGA